AUGAACCAAAAUAUUCGAUAUUUAGUUGAAAUGGGUAUACCAGUCGAUGUUGCCUCUGAUGCUUUAAAAAGAUUUAAUGAUAAUUUAGAAGACGCUGUCAAUUUUAUAUUUUCUAACGACAUAUUAUCCGCACCAAUAUCAUCAAAUGAACAAAAUACUCUUAUUGAUAAUCCUAAACCAGACCAUAUUCAAUUAAAUGACGAAAAUUCCCAACUUAAACCCGGUGAGCUGUCACAUCUCAUAAAUAAUAAUAAUAAUAAUAAUCAUAAUCAUAAUCAUAAUUAUAACAAUAAUAAUGAAAAUAUUCCUAACCAAUCUAUUUCCUCAAAUUUGUCCUCCUCUUCCUCCUCAGCUACCAGUAUAGAUGAUAAUUCACCAGAUUAUAGCAUCAUGAAGAAACCAAUCUUUAAAACCGAUUCUUCAAAUCCUACCAUUAUUCUUUCUUUGCCCCCAAAUAGUUUAAUCGAAAAUUAUUUAACUCUAUUUGCAUAUUGCAUAUCUAGAUUCAUACCCAAAUGGUUUCUAAUUCCUGAUUUUAAAGAUUUAAAUUAUGAUUCAAAUUGGUUUAAAGGCUUAGAAUUAAAUGAACCUUCCUUUAAAUUGAUAACAAACAAUAACAGCAACAAAAACAUUCCUACAAAGAAUGAUAAAGAUGAGGAAAAUAAUAAUGAUAAUGAUAAUGACAUUCAACCUGAAACAUUAUGGCAAUUACAAAAAUUAAUUUCUACAAUUAACAAUCCUAAUUCCAACAGAGCAUACAUAUCAGCCUCUAUUUUCCAAUUGGUCUUUGAUAACCAGUUAAGACUGAAAUUGCAAUCUACUGAUAGACUAAAUGAAAUAUUACCAAGUUUUUUAAGGUCUCUAAUAAUGGAUUUAGAACUAUGUCCAAAUAUUGACAAAAAUUCAGUUAAUAAUCUAUUUAUCUCCAAAGCCUCUUAUAGACAAAAUCAAACAGAUUCUGAACAUGAAACGUAUGUUAUGCUAUUGCACUUUCCACCAGAAGAAUUUGAUACAAAUUUAUAUAAAAUGUUCAAUGCUUUAUUGUAUCCAGAACUCGAAGAAGAGGAAGAAGUAGAAGAAACAUUAAAAGAAUAUAGUGAAAAUCUUUUAAAGACAAUUUCUCCAUUUUUUACCAUCAUUUUCAAUGAGAUGGAUGAUAUGACAGAUGAUGACAUUACUGUACCAAAUGGUGUGGAUAUCCCAUUUGAAUUUUACCCUCAAUUAUAUACUAUGACAGUCAAAAACCAAUUGAUUAAACACAUCAUCAAUAAAAGAAGAAAAGCUAAUAGCAGAUUGAAACAAUGUCUGAGUGAAAUUCAAUCUUUGAGAAGUUUUCAAGGUAAAGAUAUUUUGACGAUUUUAAACAGUAGUAUAAAGUAUAUGGAACAUGAUAACGGAGAUUCCAAUUAUAUACAAUCGUUGAUCUUGAUAAAAGAGAAAAUUACAAAUCGAUUAGAAAGUUUGAAAGUCGAAUGUGAGGACCUUAGAAACAAAUUACAAAAGGAAUGGAAUAUUUCGCACCCUGAAUAUUACAUUAUUGAGUCAGCUAAGAAAAUGGGAUUAAUCGAUGAACCACUAUUACUAGUAAUGGUCACUAUUUCUCCAUAUUUCUAUUUCAUCAGAGAUAAAAAUAAUAUGGCUCAAUGGUCUUUAAUACAGAGCAAUACAAAUGGUACCGACUUCCAAAUUAUUAAUAAUAUCACUGAGGAUAAAGUUAAGGAGACAAUAUAUAAAUAUACUUCAAGACCUAAUCAGACUCCAAUUAUGUUCAAUUAUUGUAAGAAGGAUUAUAUAGAUUCAGAUGAAGAUAUUUUGAAAUGGAUUAAUGCAAAUAAAGGCUGUAACAGGUUUAUGAAAUCUGAUGGAAAUUAUUUUACUAGUGAAUAA